CCAACGGAAGAGAAAUAAAUAUGUUUAAUCUCACUACUGUUGUGCCGCAACAACGCACGCACCAGACACUCACCCGCCAAUUCUGUCCAAUCUCCGCCCGCCGGAACCAUGUAAAUCCCUAAAAAUAAAAUACCCUCACCUACGCCCGCCUCGGAAUACUGAAUCUUUCAUCUCCGUGACGCUAUCCCAUUGGCCGCGCCUGAGAUAAUGGGCAUUCUCUCCGACGAUGUCGUGUUAAUCCAGCUGGGAAACGACCCCGGUCAGCCCAGUAUCAUCACCGUUAAUUGUCCCGACAAGCCCGGCCUCGGCUGCGAUCUCUGUCGAAUCAUUCUCGAGUUCGGUCUCUGCAUUAUACGAGGAGAUUUUUCUACUGAUGGAAGGUGGUGUUAUAUAGUGUUGUGGGUUGAGCCCAACUCGAGUUCCUGUAGAGUUGAUUGGGAAAGCUUGAAGAAUCGUUUGUUAUCUGUGUGCCCUUCGUGUUUGGUUUCGUAUUAUUUUACCCAGCCGUCCAGUAAUUCCUCGCAGCCUUCUCUGUAUUUGCUCAAGUAUUGUUCCGUUGACCGCAAAGGAUUACUUCAUGAUGUUACUAAAACUCUCUGUGAGCUUGAGUUUACAAUCCAAAGAGUCAAAGUGAUGACAACCCCAGAUGGCAGAGUGGUGGACUUAUUCUUUAUCACAGAUGGAAUGGAGCUUUUGCACACAAAAAAGAGACGCGAUGAUACUUGUGAACUUCUAAUGACUGUUUUAGGCGAGUACUCUAUCAGCUGUGAACUUCAGUUGGCUGGGCCUGAAUAUGAAAGUCUGCAGGGGUUCUCUUCCCUCCCGCCAGCAAUAGCAGAAGAAUUAUUCUACCAGCUUCCAGACAAAGAAGACUGCUCACAAGCACUUAGCAUGCAAACGAUGACAGUAAACAUGGCCACUAUCACAGUGGAUAAUCAUUUAAGCCCAGCUCAUACCUUGCUACAAAUAAAGUGUGCAGAUCAAAAAGGCCUGUUUUAUGACAUUUUGAGGACUUCAAAGGACUUAAAUAUUCGGAUCGCUUAUGGUAGAAUCUCUUCAAGUGUGAAAGGCUACCGGAAUAUGGAUCUAUUUAUUCAGCAAACAGAUGGGAAGAAAAUUGUGGAUCCCAAGCAGCAGACUGCUUUGUGUUCUCAUUUGAAGGAGGAGAUGCUUCCUCCCUUGCGAGUGAUUGUAACCAACCGAGGCCCAGAUACCGAACUCCUGGUUGCUAAUCCUGUGGAACUAUCUGGAAAGGGAAGGCCCCGCGUCUUUUAUGAUGUUACAUUGGCCCUAAAGAUGUUAGGAAUAUGUAUUUUCUCAGCUGAAAUCGGAAGACAUUCAACUUCUGAACGCCAGUGGGAAGUUUAUAGAUUUCUUCUGGACGAAAGUCCUGAGUUACCAUUAGCAAGCAAGCAAGCUAGAAAUCAGAUUGUGGAAAGAGUGAGAAACACAUUGAUGGGAUGGUGACCUGUUGUGGAAAGAGUGAGAAAAACAUUGAUGGGAUGGUGAGCUGCCUGCUGAUCUAUGUUAACUUAUAUCUGCAGAAAACCAUUUCAUAUUACAUUCAACUCCUUUUUUCUCUCACCGCUAUCUCUUGGUUGUUCAUCAGCCAGAUUGAGUCUCUCUGUAUAAAGAGUGUGUCAGUUUUGGUGGUAUGGAUUCAAAAAAUCUCUGGUCACGCAGCCAAAAGAUUUUGAUGAUUUGAAACUUUCCUAAGUUGAAGUUACUUGGCACUUUUGGCCUUUGUAGGCUCUGAAUAUUGUAACAUAGUUCCAUAUGUGUAUGUUGCUUAUCCAAUAUCAAACUUGGUUUUGUGCAUAAGAUAAAAAUCA